GGUUGUGCACAGCACUGCGCUUGCUCAGUGUAGUAGCCGGUCAUGGCGGCGGUGUGUGUUUGUCCAUGAGGUGGGGGACGUAAUUCUUGCGGUCUGUGACAGAGCGAACCGAGCGAAGCUGCUGCCAUGGCCGGAGUGUUUGACAUUGAUUUGGACCAGCCGGAGCAAGAUGUCUCCGAUGACGAGACUGACGAGGCACAAAUCAAUGACAUCAUGGAUCAGUGCAGUGGAUUUGAAUUUAACAUGGAAGGUUGUGAGAAGAUAGAGAUAUCAGAGGAUAACGUCAAUCAGGGGACAGAGAAUAUUAGACCAGAGUGUUUUGAACUGCUAAGAGUUCUGGGUAAAGGCGGUUAUGGAAAGGUUUUUCAAGUUCGAAAAGUCGUGGGAGGUGCUUCAGGCAAAAUAUUUGCCAUGAAAGUCUUAAAAAAGGCAAUGAUUGUACGCAACGCCAAGGACACAGCCCACACCAAGGCGGAAAGGAACAUCCUGGAGGAGGUGAAGCAUCCUUUCAUUGUCGAUCUCAUCUACGCCUUUCAGACAGGCGGGAAGCUGUACCUCAUUCUGGAGUACCUGAGCGGAGGAGAACUGUUCAUGCAGCUGGAGAGGGAGGGCAUUUUCAUGGAAGACACAGCCUGUUUCUACCUAGCAGAGAUCUCCAUGGCUCUGGGUCACCUGCACCAGAAGGGCAUUAUCUACAGAGACCUAAAGCCUGAGAACAUAAUGCUAAACAAUCAAGGCCAUGUCAAGUUAACAGAUUUCGGACUGUGUAAAGAGUCGAUUCACGACGGUACAGUCACCCACACGUUCUGUGGUACCAUUGAAUACAUGGCCCCAGAAAUUUUAAUGCGAAGCGGACAUAACAGAGCCGUAGAUUGGUGGAGUCUGGGUGCUCUGAUGUACGACAUGCUCACUGGGGCGCCGCCAUUCACUGGCGAAAACCGCAAAAAGACCAUCGAUAAAAUCUUGAAGUGCAAGCUCAGCCUCCCACCCUACCUCACACAGGAAGCCAGAGACCUCCUGAAACGGUUGCUGAAGAGAAAUGCCUCAUCGCGGUUGGGUGCAGGGACUGGGGAUGCCACAGAGGUGCAGGCACAUCCCUUCUUUCGACACAUCAACUGGGAGGAUUUGCUGGCUCGUAAAGUGGAGCCUCCCUUCAAACCUUUCUUGCAAUCAGCUGAAGACGUGAGUCAGUUUGACUCUAAAUUCACCAGUCAGACGCCAGUCGACAGCCCCGAUGACUCAACGCUUAGUGAGAGUGCCAAUCAAGCUUUCCUGGGGUUUACGUAUGUGGCUCCUUCAGUCUUAGAAAAUAUCAAAGAGAAAUUCUCCUUAGAGCCAAAAAUCCGUUCACCUCGACGAUUCAUCGGCAGCCCAAGAACGCCUCUCAGCCCAGUCAAAUUUUCAGGAGGGGACUGCUGGCCGCGGAGUGUCGUCCUCCCCAGCGGAGGGCCAAGUCUCCUCCAGUCUCCUCAGGACCAGGCCAUGGAAGUUUCCACUCCAGAGCAGAUGGAUGUGACCACCAACUCUGAGGCCUCUGCCCCUCUUCCAAUUCGUCAGCCUGCCGGGGUUAACCUGGCUCAGAUGAAGCAGCAAGCGUACCCCGUGGUGGCCAAAAGGCCCGAGCAUUUACGUAUGAACCUAUGACCCAGCUCUCCUCUUCAAAAGUUUAUUUCUUGACUUUUUAAUUUUUCCUUUUUUUUAGAAGCAAAGCAAAAAGGUAUGGAUGCCAGAGACAUUGUCAAUCAAAUCUUGCCCAUCCACACACUACAUCUGCUGUCACUGCACAGCAGUGAAAUGAUGGUCCGGGAUGCCAGCGUGCCUCGGUUCAUUCAUUCAGUGUUACGGUCUUGCAUUGUCGUCGCAACAUUUCUCUGCCAACACCUCUGGUUUCACAUUUGACCUCCACACACCACAUCUUAUCAAACUGGAGUCAAGAAAGACCGGAGAAGUUCUGAGGAGCUACAACAAGAGAUUUUAGGGGAAAGCGUGGUCUGCUGUACAAAAAGACAUCAAAAGUGUGCUGUUUCAGUGAAUUCCAUUCAAGAAGUUGCUCAUGUUGCUGGGAGACAGCAAAUGAUUCCCGAUUCCAUGACAAAAGGUUUAAUUAGGUUUAUAGUUCAAAAGAGAGGUAUUGGUGGCUAUAGCUGUCAUCUAAUUUUGAGCUAUGCAUCAGUUAUGAAUCUGAGGGCCUAAACCGGUAAACACAUCAAAGGUUAGAAAAAGUGGACUUUUUAUCUUUAGGGCGACAUUGUGUGUUAAGUGUGCUUGGAGGCACAUACUGAAUUAAGAUGCGUCCCCUUCUGGGAUUCCUGGUUGAAUUAUUGUCAUUUGACAUUUGUUUUGAAGAAACACCACCUCACUGUCGCUGCCCCCAGUGCUACCAGUUGAUUUGAACACUUUCCAGUUAAAAUGCUCUCCAAAAAAUUUCAGGCUGCAUUAUUAGCUACUUGCAUCAAGCGCACUUGUUUGGGAGGACAUUUUAAAAUUCCUGGUUAAGCAAGGGGAAUUAAAAUAAAAUGCAAAAAUAU